AGACAAACCAAAGAACAUAAGAACAUAACAUUCUUCUCCAAAUCGAACAUGGAUUUGAGAACAGGACUCUGUUGUGCUCUGCUACUUGUGGCACUGUUGCCUCUUUCAGCUAAUGCGUCGAGCAAACUCUACAUAGUGUAUAUGGGGGAUAAGAAACAUGAUGAUCCAUCCGUGGUCACCGCGUCGCACCACGACGCACUAACAUCUGUUCUUGGGAGCAAGGACGAAGCCUUGAAGUCUAUAGUUUACAGCUACAAGCACGGAUUUUCUGGAUUCGCGGCAAUGCUCACGGAGUCUCAAGCUGAGGCACUAGCAAAGUUCCCUGAAGUUAUCACUGUGAAGCGUAACACUUUCCACAAACUGCACACAACUCGGAGUUGGGACUUUCUCGGCCUUGACUAUCAACCACCACAACAAUCCGGCCUCCUCCAGAAAGCCAAGUAUGGUGAAGAUGUUAUCAUCGGUGUCGUGGAUACAGGCAUAUGGCCUGAAUCACGAAGCUUUAAUGACAGAGGGUAUGGCCCUGUGCCGGCACGGUGGAAAGGGAAAUGCCAGACCGGCGAGCAGUUCAACACGACGAGUUGCAACAGAAAGAUCAUUGGGGCGCGGUCGUACCAUCGUGGUAUUAGUGCUGAGUCGCUCAAGAGCGACUAUAACUCACCUAGGGACAUCAACGGCCACGGCACGCACGUCGCCUCGACGAUAGCUGGUGUGGAGGUGCAAGGCGUGAGCGUAGGGGGCCUAGCUUCUGGAGUGGCACGCGGUGGGGCACCACGUGCACGGCUUGCCAUCUACAAGGCGUGUUGGGAGGGCGAUGGUUGCCCUGACGCAACGGUCCUCGCGGCUAUCGAUCAUGCCAUACAUGACGGCGUGGAUGUGCUAUCACUCUCGCUAGGAGGGUUCGGUCCUGAGUACUCCGGGACGCUGCACGCUGUGCAGAGAGGGAUCUCGCUCGUGUUCUCCGGUGGGAACGAUGGACCCGUGCCGCAGACGGUGACGAACACCGUUCCUUGGGUCACCACAGUGGCGGCUAGCACGAUUGACCGGGCUUUUCCAACACUGAUAUCGCUCGGGAAUAACGAAAAGUUGGUGGGCCAAUCUCUUAUGCACAAUGCGUCUCUGAUCAGCAGCGACUUUAAAGACUUAAUUUAUGCGAGGAGCUGCAGCGCGGAGUUAGUGGCGUCGAGCAACGUCACCGGCAAAAUCGUCCUGUGCAGUGCACCAGCGCAAGCAAAAUUCAGGCCGCCCGCGAUAGCACUUCAGGAUGCCCUCAAUCAAACCUUAAUGGCCGGCGCCAAGGGCCUCAUCUUUGCACAGUACACUACCAACCUCAUGGACGGCCUGGCUGGGAUUGAACGCAUUAUGCCCGUCGUGCUGGUGGAUUUUGAGAUCGCGCAGAGACUCAUAUCGUAUUUUGACACGGCAGGGAGUCCGGUGGUGAAGUUCUCCCCUACCAUGACCGUUGUUGGAGACGGGGUGCUGUCGCCGAGGGUUGCCUCUUUCUCCUCGAGAGGGCCAAGCCUAGCCUUCCCCGGCAUACUCAAGCCUGAUAUAACAGCACCCGGAGUUAGCAUCUUGGCAGCCAGACGCGACUCAUAUGUUUUGUAUUCCGGGACAUCCAUGGCUUGCCCGCAUGUGUCGGCGGUCACCGCUUUGAUCAAGUCGGUUCACCCUGACUGGUCGCCUGCCAUGAUCAAGUCCGCCAUUGUCACCACAGCAUUGGUGACCGAUCGUUUUGGUAUGCCGAUACAAGCAGAUGCGGUCCCGAGGAAACUGGCCGACCCAUUUGACUUUGGUGGUGGCCACAUCAACCCAGACAGGGCUGCUGACCCUGGUUUAGUAUACAAUGUGGAUGCAAAGGAGUAUAAUAAUUUCUUUAACUGCACUGUCGGAUUAUUAGAUGGUUGCGACUCCUACCAACUAAAUCUUAAUCUCCCUUCAAUCGCCGUGCCAAACCUCAAGAACCAGGUCACUACAUGGCGCACUAUCACGAACGUCGGGCCGGUGGAAGCAACUUACCGAGCGAUUGUUGAAGCUCCAGCAGGAGUAGCCGUGUCCGUGGAGCCAUCAAUGAUCAGUUUCACAGCAGGUGGCACUAGAAGCGUGACGUUUAAACUAACGUUUACGGCGAAGCAUAGAGUGCAAGGUGGGUACACUUUUGGUAGUUUGACAUGGUCUGACCAAAGUACGCACUCAGUGAGAAUUCCUAUUGCUAUACGGACCGUGAUACAGGACUUUGUUGCAGAUACAUCUUAAGUUCAAUUGUUCUCGCAUGUUUCUCUUAAAUAAAAGUUGGGGCAACCCUGGAUAUGUAUUAUUUAUUAUU